GGCGCCGACGCGGACGAGGAAGCGACGAGGCAGCGCCGGCGCGGGACGGCGCCCAUGGCCUGAGCGCGGCGAGGGACUAUGCCACCCACCGGCGGCCGCCGCAGCCCAGGCCAUGGCCGGACCCGGCGCGGCGCUGGUGCUCCACGUGCUGCUGGGCUUUCUGCCCCGGGGCGUCACCACCAUCAAGUGCUCCGGGCACGUGUGGAUAGAGCCGGCCCCGGUGGUGCCCAUGGGCUGCAACAUCUCCAUAAACUGCCUCUCCACCCUGCGCUGCCAGCGGGCCGCCUACUCCAUCCUGCUCAACUACACGCCGGCCGCCGGCGUGCUGCGGCCCGUCAACAGCACCACCUUCCAGCUCCAGCUGCAGGACCUGCGCGAGCCCAACUGGAUCGUCACCUGCCUGGCCAGGUGUCCCAACAGCGACAAGAAGGAGCUGGUGUGCGGCACGCAAGUCUUGGCCGGGUACCCGCCGGAGAGCCCCAGCAACCUGAGCUGCGCCGUGCACGAGCGCUCGGAGCGGCUGGCGUGCACGUGGGACGCGGGCAAGCCCACCCACCUGCCCACCCGCUACGCGCUGCACCUGCGCAGCGUGCAGACGGAGGAGGAGGUGGUGUUCGCCGCGGGGCCGGCCCUCGCCGUGCCGCUGAGUGCCCUGCGCGGCGGCAGCCGCUACGCCGCGUGGCUCCGGGCCAGCAACGAGCUGGGCACGGCCCGCUCGCCCCAGCGCCUCCUCGACCUGCAGCAGCUAGUCAUCCCCGCCCUGCCCAUCAUCGCCGGCGUGGAGACGACGGAGGCCUCUCCCCCGAGCACCAUCGUGCACUGGAAGCAGCAGACGCGGCAGAAGGACGUGUGCUGCGAGGAGCGGCACCGGGCGGCGGGCGCCGCGGAGUGGCACGUGCGGGCAUGGGCCUGGGGGCCGGGGCCCCGCAUGCCCUACGCCCUGGACGGCGGCACCCGCUACGAGUUCCAGGUGAGGUGCCGGCUCGGCGCCGCCGGCAGCCCCUGGAGCGCCUGGAGCAGCCCCUUCCUCUACACCACCCCCGAGGCGGCCCCCGCGGCAGCGCCCGACGUGUGGCGGCGCCUGGGCCCGGCCUUCCCGAACGGCAGCCGCGAGGUGACGGUCUUGAUCGAGCCGCUGCCGCCCCACGCGGCCCACGGGAGGAUCCUGGGCUACGUGGUGUCCGGGCAGAGCCGGGCGGCGGUGCCCCCCCUCUGCAACACCUCCGCCACCGCCUGCCGUCUCCUGGUGCCCCCGGGCGUCCGCGCGCUCUACGUCACCGCUUACAACGCCAAGGGCGCCUCCGGCCCCGCCAGCAUCGCCCUCGCCCACCACCUCGCCGGGGACCGAGAGUUCCCGGCCCCCGCCGCCGUGCAGGUCCGGCGCGAGGACGGCAGCCGGGUGGCCGUGACGUGGCGGCGGCCGCGGCGCAGCGCGAAGCCCCUGCUGUGGUUCGUCCUGGAAAGUCUGUCUGCAGCUCCGUACGGCCAGGAGCACCGAUUUUUUUGGAAGAAAGUCCCGAAGCAGGACACGCUCGCAUACAUCCAGGAAGAGGCAGCAGCGGGCAGCCAUAUCAACGUGUCGGUGUACGCAGUCUACCCAGAUGGCGUAAGCAAACCGUGCUCUGGCCAAGUCUUUCCAGAGGAACAGUUCUUGGACAGCACCUACAGUCAGAUUUCCUAUGAUGAUGACAUUGGAGGUUUUUUGGGACUGGGUGUCAGUGUGGUCGUAUUAUCAGUUGUUUUUGUAAUUCUGAUGUUUAAAAAGUCAGCUAGAAAAAGAAUUAGCACAAUAAUUGUGCCGCUAAUGCCAAAGUGGCUGCUUGAAGACUUCCCCCACAUGGAGAACAGCAAUGUGAUAAAGUCACUCCAGGAAAAGAGUGAAUUCACACGUAACAAUUUCAGUGAGCCGUUCUUGGAUAACAGCGAUCCCACAGUUACGGAAAUAGAGGAGAUGCCGGUGCACGAGGAGUACAGGACCGUGGACAUCAGAAAGAAGCACAGCGAAGCAGCCCCCGAGAAGGCGGCGUGCCUGCGGAGCUCCGUGCCGGCCAGCAGCGCAGCCACCGAACUGGUCAGCGACUACAAGCCUCAGCUUUCCGACGGGAACCCGCUGGGAUACGUAGCUGCCAACUUUUAUCAAACGCAGCCCCACACCCUGGCUCCAGAACCAGAGACAAAUGUUUUCUUCAGGGAUUACACGAGUCCCGUUACUUACUUGUGGAAUGCUGAAGGAACAGAGCAGCACGCUUUUCUGCUGGAAAAGAUUAAUCUAAUUUUAAACAACAAUAGGAGUGGGCAAAACAAUGCAUUCGAUUCAGCACAGGAGGAACAAAAUACCCUUUUGGAAAGCCAAUGGGAAAAAACACUGUCUAGCGAAAACGCUCAAGAACAAACACUGGUCCCAGAUGAAUUGGUCUCUUGCUUGAGAACAAUGCAAGAAGAAUCUGUGGAUAUAAAGAUCUGUUUUCCACAAGGCAUUGGAAGAUUAUUUUGAGAAAACUUAUAAUUGCGAUAAAAAAAUGUUAUUUUAUGACCAUGGCAUAUCACCCUUUGAGAUUUCCAACAUCAGAACUGGAACAAACCUCAGAAUCAGAAAUUCACCUUCUUAAUUGACUCCAAAUAAUUUUGGAUGAGUGGAACACUUUGGCGAGUAAAUCAUUAAUGAUUUGUAAUUUUAAACUUAGCUCAUAUUCUCACAAGCAUAAGAAUGUAAAUUUGGAUUCCUAUAAGAACUGAAAUGCACAGCAGGUGAUUCUCACAGCAUAUAUUAUGCAUCAAUUAUUAUUCCAAAUCAUUCUCUUGUUAAAUAUUUGCAACAUUUCAUGCCUGGAGCUGAUUUCAUUUAGAGAUGGAUAAAAUGAUCCCUUAGAUAUUUUGGCUGAUGUGUGUAAAAUAUCUCGGGAUCCCUUACAAUGAACAGACACUACAGUGAAGAUGUUUUAGAUAUCAUACAGCAGAUGUGGAUGCCAAGGAAAUGGAAAGAAAUCUUUUCUGUAUGACAGAGUAACCAAAUUUCAUUUUCCCUCCCAUUCAGUAAUAAAAGAUACAUCAGUCAAGAACAAGCCUUCAUCACCUUGGCCUACCUUGUUGACCUAAAAUACCUGUCUAAAUUUGCCACAGGACAGAUUCUCCAUUUUUGGUUGAAGAUUUAUCGUCUUCUCGCACCCCACAUCAUAUCAGCCUGUCAGAGUUUCAGCUCGGCUGGUCCGCGUGAAGUGGGACAAGGCGCAGAGAAGCGGCAUUUAUUAGGCACAUGCCAGGGACCUGGGUUCAUUUGAAACCCAGAUAAUGAAAUACAGGAAUUUCCUUCCUGCUGAGUGCUCUUGAAAUCUUACCGUUUAAAAGUCUGCCCGGGAUGUCAGAGGUGGUCUCACCAAAUGUUCCCGAAGCAACCAGAAACUCGCUGGACAUGGCAGAUGUUGGAUUAUGUGUCUAGCACUUAUUUCACUUAACAAACCCAAACCUUUUUUUUAAGGAAACAACCUAAAAUGCUUUUAAGGAAUAUAAGCACGGAGGAGGUUUACUAUACUCUGUAAAAUGUCUGAGCAUCCUAUUGCAGACUGUUCUCCAUAACGUUUGUCCUACCAGUCCUUUCUUCCCACGCCGCAGGUUAGAGCAGAGACUGGCUUUUUGUGUUCGGGGGCCGUGGGAAGAUGAGGUAAGGCGGUGUGAAUGCGGUACCGCACAGCCGUCACUGCGCGGCUGCCCCGGGAGAGCUCGCCGCAGGGCGUGGGGAGGGCGCGGGAGGCCCCCGAGCCACCCGGGGCCACCCCUUUGGUGGUGAUGAGCCGCACUCAGGCACCGCAGCAACACCACGAAUAAAACGUGUGUUUGUUCCGCCUGAAGUGGAAAGUUGGUGGGGGGUCUGCAGCACCGCGUGGAAACUCUGCAAGGAAAAGCUACCGCUCGAGGAACGCCGCUAGCGACCCAGCUGCAGAUCCCCGGAGCAACCUGCCGCGAGCCGCGCGUUACCUCGCCUGGCAUCCAGCGACGAGCGCACGACUCCCAUCGGCUCCAGCGCGCGGGACAGGAUGCUCCAAUACUCUGCUCUGGAAGAGGAGAUGCAUUAACAGCUCAUACUGGCCUAUGGGUCUGAGCCUCCAUUUACAAUUAGCAGCACAGAGGAACCUGGGAACUAUCGACCCGCACGCGUGACUGUCGCUCAGCGAGGCGUUUGUGUAUUUUAUGCAGUUCUGUGUAACUGAAUUGGCUGUGCAUGUUGUAGGGAACAUAUCUUGUAACAACGACAGUAGUCAUCACCACAUGGAAAGGAAAUAGGCUCAUCUGACUGCACAUCACCAAUUCAAAAUCUGUACAAUAGCAGAAGACUCAACAAUUUUUUGUGAGACUUAAAAACUACGAAGUUAAUAUAAAUGAGCUAUCUGUCAUUGGCAAUCUAGAAUUACCCUUUAUUAUUACUACAGAUUUUUUUUGCAGUAGGACCUAUAAACCUGGAGAUUAUAAUCUUUCUUCCAAAUUUUGCUAGGCACUGUAUGCUUUUCUCUAACACCUGUUGCAUAAAUUGAUCAAUUUUGUCAUUUACUCCUAGAUACCUUCAAACUAAAACACUUGUGUGCUG